AUGUCGAACCCAGCACCCCUCAGCUCCAACAAAGUCCCCGUGACGGAAUCGCCCAGCUUCCAGCCAUCGUUUCUCGAGCGAUUUUUUAUCGCAUUUUUCCACGUCGUCAACUUCUUCGUUCCAUGGCAUAGGCUGCCAGGCUUCAUCGGCGCCAUCAACUUGGGUUUCAUGAGAAUUGAGCUACGCGCUCAUAAUCUCCACGAUGGCUACGCUUCCGGCUCAGCUCAAGGCAAUACCAUAGUGGAGCCGAUGACAGACGCGCGGUUCCUCAACAGCAGGAACUCAGAUGGCAAGUUCAAUUCGCUCGAGAUGCCAUUGAUGGGCUGUUCAGGCACACGAUUCGGCCGCAACUUCUCACGGAAGUACUGCCAGAAGCCGACGGAAGAAGAGCUCUGGACGCCCAACCCCCGGAUGGUAGCUGAGAAGUUCAUGACGAGAGGUCCUGGUGGCUUCAUUCCAGCGACGAGUCUGAACCUGCUAGCGGCGGCGUGGAUCCAGUUUCAAACCCAUGACUGGUUCAAUCACGAGGCCAGUAACGAGACCUUCGAUGUGCCGCUUCCGCCUGGCGAUAAGUGGCCUCAAGAAUACAUGAAGCUUCACAAAAGCCUGCCAGACGAGACGCUCGACCCUUCGGAUGUCAAGUGCCCCGGCUACAAGAGCCAGAACACGGCCUGGUGGGACGCCAGUCAGAUCUACGGCUCGUCCGAAGCAGUGACGCGAGGUCUCAGAACAAUCCACCAGGAUGGAAAGCUGCUUCUGACCAAAGGAGGCAGAGAGGCGUUCAUACCCCGUGGUGAUGACGGGUUGCCUAUGACGGGGUUCAACAGCAAUUGGUGGAUUGGGAUGGAGAUGCUGCACACUUUAUUCGCACUUGAGCACAACUCUAUCUGUGAUACUCUCCGCUUGGCCUAUCCGGACUGGACUGGGGACGAGAUUUUUGAAAAGGCCCGGCUUGUCAACUGUGCUCUGAUGGCGAAGAUCCAUACCGUCGAGUGGACGCCUGCAAUCCUCGCACACCCCGCCUUGCAGAUUGGGAUGGCAGCCAAUUGGUGGGGGAUCGUUGGGGAGACCUUGACCAAGCUCGUCGGUCGCGUUUCCAAAACCAGCGAGGCCAUCAGCGGGAUCCCCGGCUCGACGGUAGACCAGUCCGGCGUUCCCUACUCCUUGACUGAGGAGUUUGCGUCGGUGUAUCGAAUGCACGCUUUGAUUCCAGACGACAUAGCAUUUUUUACCGCCGAGGAUGGCAAGCAUCAAACCACCAUUCCCAUCGUGGACACCACUUUCACCAAAGCCCAAGCACCUCUCGAUGCCGGGCUGUCCUUUGCCGACGUCUUCUACUCGUUUGGCAUCAACUACCCCGGAGCCAUCACCAAUUUCAACUAUCCCAACUUCCUGCGUAAUCUGGAGUCCCCCGAUGGUCAGCUUCGGGACAUGGGAACCAUCGAUAUCCUGCGCGACCGCGAGCGUGGUGUCCCUCGGUACAACCAGUUCCGCCGCCUCCUGCGCAUGUCGGCCCCGAAGACCUUCGAGGAGCUCACCGGUGGCAACAUCCCUCUCGCGCAGUCCCUGCGCGAGGUCUACGGCGACAUCGAGCUCGUCGACACCAUCGUAGGCUGCCACAGCGAGCCCCUGCCCGCGGGCUUCGGCUUCAGCGACACGGCCUUCCGCAUUUUCAUCGUGAUGGCCAGCCGCCGACUGAAGAGCGAUCGCUUCAUCGCCGGGCAGUGGAACGCCGAGACCUACACGAAGGAGGGCUUCCACUGGGUGCAGCAUAAUGGGAUGAAGGAUGUGCUGAUCCGGCACUUUCCCGAGUUGAAGGGGACCUUGGAGAAGAGCAAGAAUGCGUUUGCUCCGUGGGAAAAGCUGGAUGAGUCGAAGAAGUAUGGGGGCAUUGAGACGAAUGCGCCCAAAUAG